AUGGAAAGACUCACAGUCAUUGGUACUUCUUCAUUUCAUGUUGGAAAGCAUUCAUGGAAAGCUAAAAUGUCUGGUGAAGUUUCUGAUGGAUUUUCUUUUGGUGUUGUUGUUCGCACUAAUGCGUUUCCACUCAAGUGGAUGUGGGAGGCAGGAAACAAGUACCAAGGCUCAUCAUGUCAGAAAAGUACUUUAACAAACUGUAUAAAUGAUGACAUUAUUGAAUUUUACUGGGACUGUAAUAACAGAACACUAACAAUGUACAACCAGCGCACCAAAGAGAGUGACACAUGGGAAAAUGUCAAAGGUAAAGUAUGCCCUAUGUUUGAGAUGUCUAAAGAUGAACAAGAAGUUUCUUUAAUUUUAUGUCAUGUUGAACAAAGCNAGGAGACGAAAAGGAAAAAUUCGGAUGCAGCUGAGUCCUGCACAUCUAAGCCUUGUAAAUGGAAUGUGCCAGGGAAACGCAAGGGUCCAGUGACACCUAUCUCUGAGAUGAGCUUUGUCAAACAUGAUUAUGCUAAAGAAAAGAAAGCAAAAAGGCCAAAGCUAGCCUCAUGUCCAGCACAGAAUGGUACCUGUGUAUCAGAAAAAAAAGUCUGGCCAAGUGAAAGAUUACAAAACUUCCAUAAAUCUUUAAAAGAAUAUCAAAUGAAAUCUGGGAGAGCUGUUGGAUGGACACAUAUUCUUCCUCAAAAGGUAAAUAAUCUGGAAGAGCCACUCAUCUCACCCAUCAAAUGUCAUCCAAUAUCAGCUGAUGAACUAAGAGUGAGAUUUGAGAAAGUGAAGAGGAACAUUAAUUUUGAUGAAGAAAAAAUAAAGAAAGUAGAAGAGCAAACACGAGGGCAGUCAAACUCAAAUUUGUGGCAUCAUCACAGGCAGCCCAGGAUUACUGCUACAAAUUGUUACAGAAUAGCUGUGCAAAGGGAAACAACAUCACCAACAAAAAUCAUCCAAGAUGUCCUUGGUUACAAAAAACCAUUUCAGAGUAAAUACAUGCAAGAAGGACUUGAAAUGGAGGACAGGAUCAUAGCUGCUUACAAAUUAUUAAAGCAGGGGGAAGGGGUUACUGAUAUAUCCGUAGAAAAAUGUGGCUUUUUCAUUUCCAAGCAUCAUGGGUUACUCGGAGCAAGUCCAGACGGAUUAGUGUGUGACCCUUCUGCAGAAGACAGUAAGGGUCUUCUUGAAGUGAAAUAUAUUCAGAUGGAAAAGCAAGAAAGUCUGGAGGAGGCUCUGCUCCGAAAAGGAAUUUGCAAGAAGUUUGAGGAAUCUGUGAUUUUGAACUCAAGACACAAAUAUUAUUUUCAAGUACAACAGGCAAUGUUUGUGGCAGAGCAAAAAUGGACUGACUUUGUGGUUAUGGGAACAGCCUCUUCCACACCUUUUUGUGAGAGAGUUUAUUUCUCACAAGAACACUGGGAUAGAAUAUUCCCAAAACUUGAAUCAUUUUUUAACUGCUGGAUUGUACCAGAACUUUCAUAUCCUUGUGUGAAAUAUGGGCUCCCCAAAAUUGAUGCGCGCAUGUUUUGAGAGCUUUUUGUUUUAAGAGUUUUAUUCUUUUUCAUCUACUAGAAAACUUAUAACUGAAGUUGUAUUUCUUAACAUGUCCAAUGUUGAAUAAUAUCAUUAUACUAUACGCUGCAUGUUUUGGCAAACCUAGAUUUAAAUGUGUAGUCAAAGCAUUUGCAAUGCUAAACCUAAAAUGCAAAUGACCCAACCUACUAUCAUUGUGUGAUGUAGCUGCUCCCCAAAGUAAGCUGAAUUUGAAUCACUCAUUUGACUCCAAUUUCAAUACCAAUAUUAUUGUUUGGUCCAAACAAAAUUUAUUUCAUUACACCAUUUAAUGAAAGUUAUUGCAAUAUGAAUGUUUUCGUGUUUCAUCAUCAACAUGUGUCAUGACAGUUAACAAUAUUACAUGAUAAUUUUUAAUUUAUAAGAGGGGGUUGAAAAUUUGACAAAGCACAGACCACUACAAGCAUGUCUGAUGCAAUAGGUGCAAUAGUAAUUGGUAUCUUAUGGUCGAAGAUGUGCCAGUUCUUUAUACGUUCCAUGAGCCGCUCCACAUGAACUCUUAGGCUAGCAACCACCUUGUUGUGAUUUGUUUCAUUUGUGGAAAACUGUAUCUUCUGUUCUAAAAAUUUUGGUAUAACAAGGCUUGCACCAACAGAAGCUAAUUCAUCCUGACAAUUGAACCCUUUGUCAGCCAGUACCUGGUCACCAGGAUUUAGUCUGUCUAGAAAACCACUAAGAACAGUUAUUUCCUUAUCUGAGGUUGAACCAGGAAAUAAGUCACUCACAAAACAUAAAACACCGCUUGGCGUUAUGCCCAACAGUGAUUUCAUGGUGGUUCUUGACUUGUAUGAUGAAAAACAGGUAGACUGUGAAUCAAGAGCAGAUGGCCUCUCCAUUUCAAAUUCCGUGCAAUCGACAAUGACUGUUACGUUAGGCAACAGUUUCUUAAAACUGUCAGGCCUAUAACAUUGAAGUACUUCUCUUGGGGGGAUGAUGAUAAGAGGUUCAAAUUCCCUCCUCAAAAAUGGAAUCCAGGCAUUUACAAUCUUAGAGACAGUUGAUCUUGAAACCAAAAAUCGAUGAGCAAGAUCAUUCUCAAACAAACCCAGCCUCAAGCGCAGCAUAACAAGGGUAAACUCCUGGAAUUUAGUAAGUACUCUGGGUCUCCCAACAUUACCGUUCGUGGUGGUCCUUUUGUGCCCAUAAUUAAUAUUGCUAGAGGCUUGUUCUACAGUUUUGUAACAAAGAAUAAAAGCAUUGUAAUCGGGAAA